UCCACUGCUUCCACGGUAUCUAUAAGAACUUCAAACUUUGAUAUCUUCCUACACACGCACAACCUCUUCUUUAUUUUCUAUCUGCUGCUGCUGGUCCAUGCCUCUGGACGAGUGCUAAAGUAUCAGACUAAUGUAGAAGAUCACCCUCCUGGCUGUCUCAGGCUGAACGUGAGCACAGUGGAGGAUUAUGGGUCGGUGACUGAAGUCAAUGGAGGAGUGCCACUGAACAUUGUAUCAGAGAUCACAACAGGACUCUUCCACACACAUGGAGAGCUCUUAAUUAACAACACAAUGAAAAUAUGCACCAAAGACCCAACGUUUCACCCCCAUUUCCCUGAG